AUGUCGUGGAAUGGAUUGAAGAAGGCCAUGAAUAGAGCUGGUGCUCAAGUAUUGAUGAAGACGGGGAAAAUCGAACAGUCAGUGGAUUUGGAGUACGAAUUUGAGGUCAGAAGGUUCAAAAUGAUGGAAGACAAGUCCAACAAGCUUCAAAAAGAGUUGAAACAGUACCUAAACACACUUCGAGUGAUCAGUGGGGCGCAGGAAAAUGUUUCAGAAGUGCUUGGGGCAUACUUUGGUAAAAAGGAAUACACAGGGGAAGAAGAAAACUUGGGUAAGAAUAAAAACAUAUCGAUAGCACAAGAAUAUCAUCAAGUGAUGAAAAGAAUAAACAGUGAAUGUAUAGAGCAAUUGGAGCAGCCGUACUUCCAAACGGUGAUCAACCCAAUCGCCAGGUUCAACUCAUAUUUUAUCGAAAUCAAUGAGGCGAUUAAGAAGAGAAAUCACAAACAGUUGGAUUAUGAUGCAUUGAGAACAAAAGUUCGUAAACUAGAGGAAAAUCCUCCGGAGUCCCCAGCGGUAGUCACCACAGCUUCCAUAGAAGAGCACAGAGCGUAUGUCAAAAAAUUGGCCGAUAACCAGCAACAAUUGGAAACCGCAGAGCAGGUUUACGAGAAUAUAAAUAGUUUAUUGAAGGAAGAGUUGCCACGGUUAAUUAAUCUUAGAAUUCCAUUUUUCGACCCAUCUUUUGAAUCGUUCGUCAAACUACAACUAUUGUUUUUCAGCGAAAACUUUAAGCAUUUGAAUGAGCUACAAGAGAAGAUAGAUGCAAGGACAAGGCAAGACUAUGUGGAGGGGAAAUUGGAAACCAGAAUAGAUGAUGUGUUGGUUAAGAUGAAAGAAUUAAACAUCACGGGAAUGACCUAG